AACUCCUCGCGCACAUUUUAAACGUCAUUCCGAAGCGUUUUUUCACUUCAUGCAAAACCAACCGGCUGAAAGCCCAGAAUGCGAAUGUAUUUGUUGCUUUAAUGAAUUGAAGUCAAAGGUCUUAGUGCGCUAAAAGCGACCUCGUUCGGUGUCAGAUAAAAUGUUCUCUUUUCGUCAUGUUGUCACCAUGUUAGCCGCGCGCAGAAGCCCGAAGUCUGACCUGUGACCUUUUCUGCGAUGCAAAACAAACUCAAACGGAGCAAGAAAAGCGAACAUGUGUUGCGCCCGGCCGAGGUGAGGACGUCCAGCUGCUUGGGCGAUGGAACAUCACCGGGAGGAGGUACAGCCGCUGCCGCAGGCGCCUCUUGCAGAAAAGCCCCCCCAAAAGACGUCAAGAUCGCGCCAAUUUUCUUGCUUAAAACGCCGCACGGUAAAACUAAGCGGCGCCGCGAGGGGAGGCCGGAUCGGCCGGUGGAGAAGCCGCAGGAAUCGGUGCGGUUUCCCCGCGCGCCACUGGUGAGAAGUGAGACAGAGAGUGUAAAUAUCUCCUGCAGGGGACAGCUGUCACCCUCAGCUGUGCACAUCUGUCUGGAAGAAAUCCAAACAGCCAACCCAGCCUUUCCAGUCGGAACAGUGUUCAGCACUCUGCAGAAGAACACAGGUGAAAAGCUGCAGGAUUUUGGAACCACAGCAGAAACUAAAAGGUCCCCACAAAACGACCUACAGGAGAAGAGGAAACAAGGAAGCGAUGGCCCUGAGAGGCAGCCCAAGCGUCUGCGGUGUAGUCCCACUGCGGAGGAACCCUUCGGGGUGGCUCGCUGUCACUCGUCGGCUGGCCUGGAGACGUCUAUCUGCAACAAGCUGGGUCGCGCUCACCGACUGAGGAGAAGUGGUGACCCCGCAGGCCGCGAACCGAGCUCUGGACCGAUGAAUCACCCGGAGCUCAAAACCUGCGGCCUCCCCCAAACGGAUUCCAGUUCGGAGGACGUCCUAUGGACAGACAAAUACAGUCCUCGGCAUUCGAGUGAAGUCAUCGGCAACUCUGCCUCCGUGGACAAACUGCGAAUUUGGUUGAAGAAAUGGAAACUAAGAGCAGACUGUGACGAGAGGAGAAAAAUGUCCGAAAGGAAACAAGAAGAAAACAGCAAUCACUCGUGGGACUGUGGAGACUUCCAGGGCGAGGCCGGGCCGGAGGACGUCGACGCCGGAGAGGCGGCGCCGUGCAGCACCGCCUUGAUCACGGGACCUGCAGGUGUGGGCAAGACCGCCUCGGUGUACGCCUGCGCUCAGGAGCUUGGCUUUAAGGUCUUUGAGGUGAACUGCUCCUCGCAGCGCAGCGGGCGCCACGUUCUUGCCCAGCUGAAGGAAGCUACCCAGUCCCACCUGGUGGAGGUCUCGGGGAAGGACCCACUGACACCAACGUACUUCAACAACUACGCCGCCAGCGGCUGCCCUCCUAAAUCUGAGACGUUCCCUGGAAAAACGGUGCGUCCCAAAAUCGCCACCAUGACCUCAAGAAAUAGAGCCGCCAAGAGGUUCGGCGGCUGCAGUCGCAGCGGAAAAACCACCGCACCCGCGGCCACUUUGGCCGACUACUUCAAGAAGAAGGCCAAAGCGGAUCGCGCUCACUUCGGCGGUCCAAAAACAGAUGGCGAAGAACCCGACGGCCUGCGGCCGGGCUGCGGUCAAACGGUGCCGAAGAACAGAAAGACGGCAAUGUCACUUAUUCUGUUUGAAGAGGUCGAUGUCAUAUUCGAUGAUGACGUCGGUUUCCUCACAGCCAUCAAGACUUUCAUGACGACCACUAAAAGACCAGUCGUUCUGACCACCAGUGAUCCUUUAUUCAGAGAGAGAUUCAACUGCAGCCUGGAGGAGAUGCUGUUCAAAACGCCAUCGGCGGUGAACGUCUGCAGCUACCUGCGGCUGGUGGCGUUGGCCGAGGGCGUGCGGCUGGAGUCGGACGACGCCCACGGCCUCGUCGGGCUGUUCGGGGUGGACGUGAGGCGCUGCCUGCUGCAGCUGCAGCUGUGGGUGCUCGGGGGAGGGGCCUCGCCCGAGGAGCCUUCUCGUGUGCGCCACCCGAGUGUUGCUGGAAGAGGAGACGACUCAGGCGACCCAGGCUGCACUGCAAGCUCGCUGGGGCUCCACCGCGUGACCCAACGGCAACUGUUAAACCUACUGAUGCUGCAGGUCUGGGCUGAAACGGACAUGAAGGAGCUCCUGGGCCUCCUGGCCGAGAGCUGGAGGGGACACGUUCCUCUUCUGUACUCCAACCUGGAGCUUCUUCUGCCCAUCGAGGCCGGGGGGAAGAACACAUCUCGACUCGGCAAAAGGAAGCGUGUCCCGGCCACAUCUGCAAGAGCAUCAUCACCGCUGCCACCAGAGAAGGUCACCGGAUCCGGGGACGAGACUGAGGCGAACGCCGGCAAAGCGGUGACGGGCCGCUUGGAGGCCCUGGCGGACUUCUUCGACCUCAUGUCCUACCUCGAUUCCACAACGGGCCCACGCUGCCCCGAGGCGUUCGUCUGGACGGGAGCCGGGGUGACGGACGGCUCGCUGGACGAGAUGAGCGAGGACAACGACGAGGUGGGCGGGACCUGGAGGCGAGAGGGGCUGUUGGAGAUCCGGGCGGCCGUCGAGGGACUCGGGUGUCACAGGUGCUGCUGGAGAAUGUCGGAGGUGUCGACGAAAGCGGCAAAGUGCAGACAGGAAGUGGGAGACGCAAGGCCUGCCUCUUCAAAAAGACAGAGCCUAACCUUCGGCGGCGGUGCACCGUGCGCGCCGAGCGUGCGCAGGAGGAGGUUCGGGCUGAGCAGGAAGAUUCUCGGCAGCGCGUCCUUCGGCCUGCUGGGGAGCAGGCGAGCGGUCGCUGUCGACUACAUGCCGGUCCUCCGACACAUCUGUCGCCUUCAAAGUGCGCAGGAACAGAAAGAGCCCAGCAGGUGUCUGAGGUACCUCAGCAGCACACAGCUGGGCCUUUCGAGGUCCACUAUUCAACUGCUGGCAGAAGAUUUCUCCUCGACAACCUGAUCCACUCCCUCGCUUUACUCCAGUCAGCUCACCUGUAUAAAGAUUUUCUCCACCUUUUUAAAUAAAUUGAACGCAGUUAAGAUAAGUGUUUUCAUGUGUUAUGUUUUAUCAUGAAAAAUGAAAUAAAACAUAAUAUAUUUUUGUAAA